UAACUCAAUCUAUGUAGGAAGAAGAGAUAUAAAUAUAGCUAAUACAAAAGCUAUUUUAAAAUUUCAAAGGAAACGUCGUCUUUCAACAAUGUAGGUAACUUGAACGCUGUGUUUUAAAGUCGUGAAGUCGUGUUGGAGUCUACAACAUUUCCUAUCACCCUUUUUUCGUUAAAGACUGAGUUUCCCUCAUUUUUUUUGACUUCAUAACGUAGACCAACAAACUAACUUAAGCCUAAUUUACAGAGGACAGCGGACACUCGGCACCGUCACAUUCACACGUCUCUCCGUUCCUGUGUUAUGGGACUUCGUCAAGGAAAUGUUCUUGGAUUAUUAAAGGUCGGUUUUUUGUUGGGAUCAUAUGGAAGCUAUGACAAUUAGCUAGCGUUAAAUGUGGGUCCGUUCACACUUUGAUGACUGACUGGUUGUCACCAUGCCGAGCCAAACGAAGUCCACACCGCUGACAGUGACUGUCCUGGCCGCGCUGUGGGUCAGUUUGGGUCGGUGCGGUGUGUCCGUGUCUCCGGGACCAGGAUGCGACAACGGAAAGCUCUCUUUAGAUAGGGACCUGCCUGCUGAUGCUGUUUACUGGGACUGUUCAGUGUCUACCUGGCCAGAAUCCAUUCAGAGACAUCCCAGUAUUGACUCAGUGUAUGACCCCGAGCCAGCCAGGCAGAUCUGUAUGAAUAAACCUGUCUCCUACAAUCACACCAUUCCCAACAGUGGAGCGUACAGACCAGUGAGGGCAGAGAGUGGAGAGUACUUGUACUGUCCUCCUCAGCGGUGGCUCAAUAACUUGCACCAUGGAUCUACUGUCUUGCUCUACCACCCCUGUGCUCCUCUCCAUGAGCGUCACCUUCUGUCAGUCCUGGCACGCUCCUGUUUGUCAGAGUACAUCAUUACCCCUCAUCCAGAGCUCAAUAAACACAUGCCAAUAGCUUUGGUGUCCUGGGGUCGCACUUUGGAGCUGCCUUCCUUGGCCUCCUCAGACGUCUGUGAGUGGCUGGAGGCCACAACAGCCAAAAGAAAUGAGAUCAGUGGUGUGAACCACAUCAGAAAAUACAACCUGCUGUUGACCUGGCCAGCUAAGCAGCACCAGCAGCAACACAUACAUCCAGAGGAACGCUCAACAAAAAUGAAGAAGUCUGUGAGACAGUGCUGUGAGCAGACCAUCUCUGCUCUGCUGAAUGAAGAAAUGGAGACAGAACUAGAGUCCAGCAGCAUGAAGAAGGAAAGCUUGAAAGAAAUGGAGAAGGAAGGGAGAAGCAGACAGAUAAGAGCCACCAUCAUAGAAAAACAAGAGAGUGCUAAGGAUGUGAAAGAAAGAGACAACACAACACACGCCUCUACUUUUUUGACCGACCAAACCAACACAACCAUCCUCAGAGGGACAGGGGGUGUCCAGAACACUUUAGGACCAUCAGCAGAUUCUAGUCCAGGGAACAGGACUCUCUCAGAUCCCCCUGGUCCAAGGGAAGUGUCUUCUCAAUCUAAGAUCCAAAAUCCAAAUCAGGGCUUUACAUCCAGACCCACAGCUCCUUUAGGGUCAAAAAUGUCUACAAUGACAGACACCAUAACAACAGUAAUGCCACAGCUCAGCCCUAAACAUACUGACCCCAAAAACACAAACCCCUCAGCUGACAUGGAUGUUCCUCCAGAUGAUGUGGACAGUGAACAUAACCACACUGCAAGGCCUGAAGCCCUGACCCUCAGUUCCAAAGCUGAAGGUACAGACUCAGCCAAACAGAGAAGUAAAGACACUGCUAAACACAGCAUGACAGAGAAAGACUCUAAAGAGAAAAACUAUGAUAAACACAUCACAGCAGAUCGCAAGAUGAAGGAUAAUGAAGUAGUAGAUGUAAAAGAAAGAGAGCUGGAGCAUAAGAAAACACACAGUGCCACGCACACUCACCACAAGAGUGAAAACAAAGGCUUUGAUUCUGUUUCCAAAUCCCAAUCAGAGUUUCCGCCCAAGCCACAACAACACCCAAACCCACAGCCAGCCGUUUACCUGCCAAACAGCCACAACUGUGACAGCUGCAAGGCAGGCGAACACUGCGACUGCACCAAGGCCUCAGGAACCGUGGCCCGAGCUGCUGUUGUGAAUAAGGUUUUACCCAGAACCCCCAGGACAGACGAAGCAGUGUGGGCAGCAGCAGCACUGGGCUUCCUGUUGGUUCUCCUGACACUGUCUGUGCUCCACACUCGCUUGUACCGCCACUGGAGGACCACGCCGAGUCUGUACUGGCAUGACCCGCGGCAGGACUACGACAGUGUGGCAGAUGUGAUCCGCAGGAGGUUGCGAAUUGCAAAGAGGAGGCGUAAAAGGGGCAGAAGACAAGAGUGCGCACUCCUGCCGAACUCCUCCAGCUCAGAUGAACUUGCAUAGAAAAAUGAAGGAAACAUCCCCAAGAAUGUCAAGAAUGAGCCCAAGUCUCAUUCCAUGUAGAGAAGGUGAGGAGAGACUGAAUAGAUUCUGACUGGGCUGGACUGGACCACCUUUAUCAAAAGGGCAGAGGUAUUGCUGAAUAACCCAAUAGCUUAAGCUGAAAUACUGUGUACUGCAGCAGUUAAAGGACAAGUUUAAUCCUGUGUCCAGACUGACUGGACACAAAGUAAUUUGACAGAGCACUCAUCUGAUGGAUUGCAUUUGGAUUGCUUGGAUUGGGACCAUCAUUAUUUCUAUUUCUCCUUGUGAAGGAAGCCACAAAAAGGAGAAAGAAAAGCAGUUUUUGACCACCCAGCCAGACCACAGAGGUAAAUGGUUUCUUACCAAAGUAAAGACUAGCACAAAUUAAAGUAAGUAGUCCAAAAAGAACAACCAUCAAGAAUAUUUACAAAAGAAUCAAACACUAUAAAUGUUAAAUCAUAAACAAGUCCAAGAGAAGCUCUCAGGUUUUAUUUAGUGCACCACAAAUUUUCUGUUUGAGUGACUUCUUGCUUCACCAUAAUCUUCUGCACAGCGCUCAGUAUAUAGGGUGCCUAUUCUCACACUCCAUGUACUGUAUUACAAUCAAUAUUAACUCUCCAACUCUGGCCUUGUCAGUUUUUUCUACCCAAUGAUUUUUAUUUUGUCACUUUUAGUCUUUUUUUUGUUUGUUUUUAUGAGUAGCGGUAUGGUAAUAGUAUGUCGCUUUUACCUGUUAAGGUUUAGUAUGUGAAAUUGUAAGUUGCUGUUCUAAGCAACACUGUGCGCGGCUGCGGUUGUUGAUUCGUUGUUACUGAAUGGUACGAACAUGUGUAACACUGUAUUUUAAAGAGGUUUUCUGAUGGACUUUUGAGAAGGAUUUACACAGACAAUAAAGUCCUAGACACAA